AAUAUCUUAUCGCACCCCAACUUCAAUACACCACAAAACGUCGCCCAACAUGAAGCUCACCUGGAAAGACAUUCAGCCGGUACCUACGAGCCAGGAAUUUCUGGACAUUGGUGCGUGACUCUCCGCCUGACUCGAAUUCAUGCGAAAAUCCCAGAUCCAAGCAAAAUCGCCUCAAUUUCAUUCAUAUCGCCCGGACUAUGCUAAUUUUUGGUAUCUAGUGCUCAGCAGAACGCAGCGAAGACUCCCAACCCAAAUUCGCGCAGGCUUUCAGAUCUCCAGAAUCAGAAGUAACGAUACAGAGCUCUCCGAUAUUAAUCUGUGCUCGUGCUGAUGUUACUACCAGAUUUCUAUACCCGAAAAGUCAAAUUCACCGCAGAGACCUUCAGCGAGAAGCUUUCCCUUAUCCUGGACGGUUUCCCAAGACUUCAAGAUAUCCAUCCAUUCCAUAAAGAUUUGCUAAAUACACUUUACGAUGCCGAUCAUUUUCGAAUUGCGCUGGGGCAGUUGUCGACCGCGAAGCAUUUGAUCGAAAUUGUGUCAAGAGAUUACGUUCGCCUCCUCAAAUACGCACAAUCACUGUUUCAAUGUAAACAGCUUAAACGGGCAGCUUUGGGGCGAAUGGCUACCAUCUGCCGAAGACUUAAAGACCCUCUUCUAUACCUCGAUCAAGUUCGUCAGCAUUUGGGCCGUCUGCCAAGUAUCGACCCUAACACCAGAACAUUACUUAUCUGCGGAUACCCCAAUGUGGGAAAAUCGAGUUUCUUAAAGAGUGUUACAAGAGCGGAUGUUGAUGUUCAGCCAUAUGCUUUCACAACGAAGAGUUUGUUUGUGGGACAUUUCGACUAUAAAUACUUGAGAUUUCAAGCAAUCGACACCCCAGGUAUAUUGGAUCAUCCUUUGGAAGAGAUGAACACCAUUGAAAUGCAAUCGAUUACCGCAAUUGCGCAUUUGAGAUCGGCAAUCCUGUAUUUCAUGGAUCUUUCCGAACAGUGUGGAUAUACGGUUCAAGCUCAGAUGCAACUUUUCCAGAGUAUCAAGCCUCUGUUUGCUAACAAGCUUGUUUUUAUCGUUAUCAAUAAGAUUGAUGUUACCCGACCGGAGGACUUGGAUGAGGAGACUCAGGCUGCGCUUCAAGCUUUGUUGAAAUCCGGAGAUGUUGAGAUGCUUCAACUCUCGUGUACGACCGAGGAGGGUGUUCAGGAGGUCAAGAACGCAGCUUGUGAGCGUUUGAUCGCAGACAGAGUUGCUCAAAAACUCAAGUCUGGCACAAACAGCAGUGGAACCGUUGGUGGACGACUGGGAGAUGUUUUGAACAGAAUUCACGUUGCACGACCAAUGGAUGGUGUAGUCCGCGAGCCAUUCAUUCCAGAAGCCGUCAAGCACUUAAAGAAAUACGAUAAAAAUGAUCCCGAACGCCGAAAACUCGCACGAGACGUGGAGGAAGAGAACGGUGGUGCUGGUGUUUUCAAUGUUGACUUGAAAGACAAAUAUCUUCUUGCAAAUGACGAAUGGAAACACGACAAGAUUCCAGAAAUCUUUGAUGGAAAGAACAUUGCCGAUUUCGUUGAUCCUGAUAUUGAGGCUAAGCUCCAGGCUUUGGAAGAUGAGGAGGAGAAACUCGAGGCAGAAGGAUAUUACGACUCUGAUGAAUCAAUAGAAGAUGUUGAGGACGCCGAUAUUCGCAUGAAGGCCGAGUUGAUUCGCGAGAAACAAACACUUAUCCGCAAUGAGGCCAAGAUGAAGAAGUCUCUCAAGAACCGUGCCAUAAUCCCCAGAUCCGCUACACGCAAGAAGCUCUCCGAAAUGGACGAUGCUCUCGACUCCCUUGGCCACGAUACAACUGCAAUCACCGCACGAGCAAGAUCACAAUCCCGUGGACGUACACCGCUUAGAAGCCGAACCAACACUGAGGAUGCAAUGGAUAUGGAUGAUCCCGAGCAUGAGGCCAAGAUGCGGGCCAAGAGCAGAGCAAGAAGCCAGAGUAAUAGACGCGAUGAUGGUGUGACCAAUGAAGCUGCGAGAACCAAGGCAGAGCGAGCGCAGAAAUUAGGACAGAGAAAGAUGAACAGAAUGGCUAGACAGGGAGAGGCUGAUAGACACGUUGCUGGAGCCAUGCCUAAACAUUUGGUAAGUCUUUUGUUCUUUUUCUUGAUAAGGAAGAAUAUCUUUUUGGCUAACGAUCAUGACAGUUCUCUGGCAAGCGUGGUAUGGGUAAGACGAACAGCCGUUAAGAUUUGGGAUAUGGUCUGUUGUGUUUCAUCAUUGCUUGCAAGUGGUUCAACUGGUGGCUGGCGUUUACAAGGAGUUAAAUUGCCUUGAUAAUUCAGGAGGAUUUGCCUAUUCCUGAUCUUGUGGCUUUUUUAUGUUCUUGUUUGGUGAUCAUACGGGGUUAUGAAAUGGCAUGGAGUGUAGUGGAGUAAUAAAAAUUGACAUGAAUUUCUUCAAGCAUCGAAAAUUCAAGGGACUGAGAAAUUGAUUGAGCUGAUAGUGUUUCCGG